ACCACAACCGUUACCACCAAGAUCAAUAUGAGAGCCCUCAUCCCUCAUCAUCCACUUUAGGACCGUCACUUUUAGCACUCUCUUUUUUUGAACCUUGACCACAACUCAACUUUGACCAUCUUACCCUCUAUCAUUACAUUUCCAUUCGCCAUCAUCACCACCACCACCAUCAUCCACAAUCUGGUCCUCACCGUGUCAUGACCUACUUCCUCUAAUUCCUAUUAUCAUCACCACACUUUAUUUUGACCGCACGAUGGCUGCGACGCGGUCCCCCUCCCCCUCCCCCUCGCCUGUGGGCUGCAGCAAUAGUCCCAGCCUUAACUUUCUUCUCUCCCCCCGAUCCCGUCUGGAAGCACGCCUUGCCGCCAUUGACACGAGCUCCGAUGAAGACGAUUCCCUCCCAACUUCCUUGAGACGCCGGAAGCCCUCCUCCGAACCAACAACAUCCACUCAACCUGCGACUGCCGGUUCAGAGGACGAAUCUGACGGAGAUGAUAUUCGGCCCAGAGGACGCCUCGCUGCUCAGAUGCAAGCUGGCCUUACGAGACGAGAGGCAAACAAUGACGAGGACCAAGAUGCCGACGACGACGACGACGACGACGACCAAGACAUCAUCUCAGCGGCACCUCGUCGUCUCAAGCGGAAGAUCACCCCCCGUGCCUCAACGCCUCCUCCUCGAAGCCCCUCUGUCACGUCAUCUGUCGCAUCAAGCCCGGGUCUCUUCGUGACCCGUCACCCUUCCCCCGGUCAAGAAGAAGAACAACAAGGAAAUCCCCCGGCCUCAGACUCAGGCUCCGACUCAGACGAGCUACCGAGCCUCACGAAGAACCCCCGCUUCCAGGCCCUACUAGAACGCAAGCGCAAGGAGAGGCUCGCAAAGGAGGCCGAGGAGGAACGCAAGCGGCAAGAGAGGAUGGCCCGUCUGGCAGAGCUGGGCGAAUUCGAAGACCCGGCCGACGAAGAAGGAGACGCGUCGAGCAUCGCCGACGACGAGGGCGGCCGGAGGCUCACACAGGGAGCUCGGCCUCCCCGCAGGGCCGGCAAGAAGGCCCUCGAGGAGAUGCAUCGAGAGACCCAGCGUAUGGCGCGGAACAUGCAGCUCGCCCACGAAGCGAAGACGAGGAAGAAGAUCACCAAAGCGAGCCUCUUUGAACGCUUCAAAUUCAAGACGCCGGAUUCCGCCCAGCCCGUGAAUACUGCCAGUUCCAGUCGCCCGACCACGCCCACGUCGCCGCACCAUACCGAUACCGACAUGAAAGAUGCCGAGACGCCCCCGAGUUCGCCUCCCCGUGCCGAGAAGCUCGCGACACUCGAGGCUACGAAGGCUACGGCAGAACGUACCGCCACGGAAUUGGUUACUACGCCUACCAAGACGGGAGAGGACAUGGACGAGUUUCCAGCCCUUGAAGCCGCCAUUGACGCCGCAGCGGCGGCAACUGCUGUGAAAGUGGACAAGGGCAAGGGCUUGGCCGUAGACUCUCCGAGGAAAGCGGCCACAGCCGCCGAUGUCAAGCCCAGGAGAAAAGUGCGCGUCAAGCUGCCCCCCCUCUCCGCCGACCUGGCGGUGGCCACGGCUUCCGACGACGAGCUAGAAAUCACCCAGACGAGGCGAAACAAACUCGACGCCAUCUUCGACCGCGUGCCGGAGAAGAAGGCCCAGCAGGGCAACUCGAUGCACGCCCUGCGCAUCCUCGCCCAGCUCAAGUCCCCCGGCGGCAACGAGGCGCGGAGAGGGAAGGACCACAAGCCCUCGAUGACGCCCGGCGAGCUGCAGCUCAUGCUCUACCGGCGGGCGAGGCAGCAGGCCAAGGAAGAGCGGGACCGCCGCAUGGAGAUGCUCAAGGCCAAGGGCAUCGUGGUGCAGACGGAGGAGGAGCGCGAGAACGAGUUGCGGCAAGUUGAUGACAUUGUCGCCAGGGCGCGCCUCGAGGCCGAGGAGAUCAUGAGGCGCGAAAAGGAGGCCGCGAAGGAGGAGAGGCGGCGGAAGGUGGAGAGUGGAGAGCUUGAUCCCCUCGCUUGGGACGACAGCAGCGAUGACGAGGAGUAUCAGGGUUCCGACGCGGGCCAGGAGGAUGAUGAGGAUGCCGCUGGCCUGGAGCUUGAGCUUGAGCUCUCCGGCUCGGAAGCCGAGGGCGAAGCCGAACUCGGUGUUGAAGACAAGUCGGGCCACGACGAGGAAACGCAGCAACCGGAUUCGGACGAGGAGGGGAUUGCGUUCCCUGCGAGGAAUAUCCGUCGACCCAAGAAACACGUCCAGGUCGUCUCCGAUGAUGACGAGGAAGAGGAUGGCGGCCACCAGAAGGACAUGAUCGAGGCAACGCCGAAGCCCAAGACGACCGCCCAAGUAUCACCCGCACCACCGAAAAGCGACUCUCCCGCCAUCCCGACGUCUGUUCUCCGUUCGGCGAAGAAGUCAUUCAUUCCCGGGCUGCCCGUGGUGGGCGCUGCCGGGCUGGGGCUGACGCAAAUCUUCGCCGGCACCAUGGACGACGGCAGCCAAGACCGACAACUGCCCGAGAGCGCGUCCAUGGCGUUGCCCAUGCCCUCCCCGACUUGCGGUUUCCCCAGCUUGGACCUUGGCCAGGACGAAGCUGACACGCAGCCCGGCGAUGAGAUGGUCUUCGACAGCCAGGGCGGCGGUAAUACCCGGAAGAGAGAGACACAGGCCAACGAAGAGACGAAGGGAGUGCAGCUGCGGUUCACGCAGUCCCAGAUGCACGGCUUCGACAGUCUCUUACGGCAAGAAAGGGACGUCGGCUCGACGCAGCUGACGAUGGAGCCGUCCCAGGAUGUGGGCCUGCAAGAGUACACUCCUCUUCGGGAGCGAUUCAUUGAAGGCCCGGCCUCCACCGCGCACACGGUUACCCUGGACAGGGUGGCGGAAGACGAAGCGGAGGAGGUUCAAGAUUCGCCUCUAGUACGACGAGGCCGACUGCGACUCCGACGGAAAAUGGAGGUGUCCGACGAGGAGGAGGCCGAGGAGCCGACAGCAUUCGAAAUGCUGCAGGCGGCCGCGAGAAAGGAGGAGAAGCAGGAGAAGCAGAAGGCGUUGGGCAGGAAGAAGAGCAAGGCCAGGGAGAUGUUCGAAGAACAGGCCGAGGAGUCGGAAGACGAAUACGCCGGACUGGGUGGCGCCGACGGCGAAGACAGCAGCGGAGACGAGGACUCGGCAUCGAUAAAGGACAUGAUCGACGACGAGGCGGGCAAGGACGACAACGGCGACGACGAGCGCAAGAUCGCGGCCCUCUACGCGGACCGCGAACGCGCCCGCGACGAGCAAAUCGUCGACAAGCUCUUCCGCGACGUCACCACGGGCAUGCUCCGUCGCAAGCGAGGCGCCGACUACGGCCUCUCGGACUCGGACGACGACGGCGGCGAGGCGCGUCGGCGUCUGAAGCGGCGGCAGUUCGCCAAGAUGCAGAAGGCGCUCUUCGCCGACGAGCGGAUCAAGAAGAUGGCGGAGAAGCCGGGGAACCAAGCCUUCUUGCGGACCAUCGAGGACCGAGGUAGUGACGAGGAGAUGGAUUUCCUGGAUAUUGGGCCCGAUCCCAUGGACGUGGACGUGGAGAACUCGCACAAUUCCUCCUCGUCGUCGCAGGACCAGACGGUGCCGGACAGCCAGCCGCAAGCUGAGAGCCGGGCACCGCUGGGCACGGCCGGAAAUCGCGGCUUCGCCAACCCCCGGCGGACCAAGGACGCAAAGAAGAAGAAGAAGCCGUCCAACAUUGGAGAGAUCCGCGAGUCGCUGUCUAGCCUCCUCGAGGAGCCGGAGGCGCCUGUUAUCCCGGUCACGGAGGUUGGGUCGGACAGCAGCGAGGGGGAGGACGAUGAGGUGUCCGGAAGGUCAGCAGCAGCAGCCGCCGCGUCUCGCAGCGACAAGGAGAACACAAGUCCCCGGGGACGCAACAGGCGGCGGACGGGGAUGGGAAGUCGGCCAGCAGCGGCGGGAAUUAUCGACCGCAUGAGCCUCAAGCGCGAGUCGUCAUCCAACGCGUCGACUCAUUCUCGCGUCGCGUUUGCCAGAUCGGCAGCGGGCGGGUCCGGGUCCUCUGGAUUCAAGGUUCCCGCGUUGCUGCGGCGGGCUACGACCAAUUCUCUGUCUCUGGGCGGUAGUGCUUCGACUACGACUACGACUACGUCUACUACUGCCGGCCGUCACAGCGGUGCCGGAUUCGAUGAGGGGGUGAUCAAGAAGGCGGCCGGGAAGAGAUCGACCAUCAGCGCUCUUGCGCGGGAGACGGAGCGGCGGGCAGCUAUGGCGCAAGGGGAGAAGAGGAGGGAGGCGAAGAAGUGGAAGGGGGCGGAGAUGCGAGGCAAGGCGUUUGGGGGGUUGAUAGGGGCUGGGAAGUUUGAGUAAUGGUUUUUUGUGUCUUUGUCCUUGCCAGUGUCAGACUGACAAAUUGGGGUUUUUGAGGGACGGGGGAAUAAUUUCAUCGUCUGGGUAGUAUGGCGUUGGGGGAAAAGGGGUAGGGGUCUUUUGGUGUUGAGGUGUUGGACAAGAGGGGCAUUCGGUUUAAUGGUCCUGGGUAGGAAUAUUGAUACAGGAAUUCAAUCUAUCUGCCGACUCGUUAUAUGCGAAGAGGUUGUAUUACCCCUGUGAUCAUAAUUGUUCCGUCGAUAUAGUCGUUGAGGUGGUGGUUGAGGCGGUUCAGGGGGUGGUUCAGGGGGUGACGGGCAAAAAUGCGUAUAUCGGUUAAAUUCCAAUAACGCGGUGUAAGCUUUAACCAGUAUAUGACUUCAUCGAGUUUUAUGACCUCACCACCACGCCGCCGCUAAUUACUUACGACGACGGAAUAUCCCCAAGCCGCACUCCUCGGAAC